CGGAAGUUGUUGCGCAGUCGCUUCCGGAGCAGGGUGAGGCGGAGGAAGAUUACGAAUGGGUCGCAGUCGCAGCCGCUCCCCACGGAGGGAGCGCAGGCGGUCCCGGUCCACGUCCCGUGAGCGAGAACGCAGGCGCCGAGAAAGGUCCCGGUCCCGGGAGAGAGAUCGGCGAAGGAGCCGCUCUCGAUCCCCACACAGAAGACGCUCCAGGUCCCCAAGACGACAUAGAUCCACAUCUCCUUCCCCUUCUCGACUGAAAGAAAGAAGAGAUGAGGAAAAGAAAGAAACAAAAGAAACAAAGAGCAAAGAACGCCAGAUUACUGAGGAGGACUUAGAGGGCAAAACAGAGGAAGAAAUAGAAAUGAUGAAAUUAAUGGGAUUUGCCUCUUUUGACUCCACAAAAGGGAAAAAGGUGGAUGGUUCUGUAAAUGCCUAUGCCAUAAAUGUGUCUCAGAAGAGGAAGUACAGGCAGUACAUGAAUCGAAAAGGUGGAUUCAACAGACCUUUGGAUUUCAUUGCAUGAAAACUGAAAUGAUAAAGAAUGAUUUUUUUUUUCCUUUACCUUGUUCAGAAGAGUGGAUAUUGUAUUUCAUAUUUAAUAUGCAUAAAAAACAGGAUCACAGUCCUUCUUCCUUGUAAAGUAAGAAAAUUUUUAUUUAUGAUGUAUGCAGUUCACAUACCCUGACUCACAAAAAGGAAAGUUAAAUACUGCAUUUUUUUCUUUUAGGAAAUAUCAUUUGGGGCAAUCAGCCCCAUUUUUUUGUUCUUAUUAUUGUGGAAUCUGUAUAUGUUUUCUUCUUGGGUGCACGUUAGGACUUUUUUAAACACAUAAAAGUAAUUUGGAUGUAAGUUUGUCAAAUAAAGCAAUAUUUCUACCCUUUUGUAUUUGAUAAAUAUUUGUAUUGCUAUAUAAAAUUUUCCCCCUACACAGUUUUUUUCCCCUACGUAGAUUUAGAUUUCAUUAGUAACUUAAAAAUAACUGGGUUUUUUUUUUGCCCCAAUUAUUUCCUCCAUUUAUUGUUUUUCCCAUUUUUAAAACCGUAUAUGCUCAUUAUAUAAAAACUUGGGAGAAACCAAAAAGCAAAAAGAAGAGCCAAAAAUCACCUAUAUCUAUCCCCAGAAACAAUAUUUUGAUAUAUGUCUUUCCAACCUCCUAUGGUAUAUAUUUAUUGUCCUUACCCAUUAUAUCAGAAUUUAUAUGCUGUUCUCUUUUGCUAAUCUUUUUUCUCCCAUGUACUGUGAACAGUUUUUAAUACUUACGUGUUACUUAGAAACUUAACUUUUAGUUAAAUUUAGCUACUUGGUUGUACCAUAAUUUAUUAACUGAUCUUUUAUGAGCAAACAUUGGCUUACCUCCCAUGACUUGCUGUUUUAAUUAAAACUGUGAGUAGUAUUCCUGUUACAUACA